AUGUCCGGGUCCAGCUCAAGGGGGCGGCUGUCGCCGGCGUCCGGCGGCGGAGACUCCGAGCCGAGGUCCGCGGGGAGCAGGACCAGGUCCGUGUCCGCCACCCGGGGCCGGAAGGCGUCGCCGAGGCCCGGCAGGGAUGCGGCAACAGCGUUGGAGGAGAAGAAGCCGGCUGCGGGCCCCACGUUGCUGCCGUCCCUCAGCGUGCCGGCGGGGAUGCGCCGUCAGGAGCUGCUGCUGCGCUCGGGCUUCUCUCUCGACGCGUCCUGCUCGUCGGACGCGUCCACGGACUCCUUCUGCAGCCGCGCGUCCACGGGGCGGAUCGGGAGGCCGGUGUCCGGGCCGAGGAGGAAGAAGGCCGUCCCUCAGACUGACCAUAAGCUCGCUGCCAUGCUGGAAAGGGAGGCUGGAUCCGCUUCUCCGGGUUGCGCUUCUGGCCUCAAGAGGAGGUGCGCCUGGGUGACGGCUAAUACUGAUCCAUGUUAUGUUGCAUUCCAUGAUGAAGAGUGGGGAGUUCCAGUUCAUGAUGACAAGAAGUUGUUUGAGUUGCUGGUACUCUCAGGUUCAUUAGCUGAGCUUACAUGGCCAACAAUUUUGAACAAAAGAUCUGUAUUCAGGGAGGUUUUUAUGGAUUUUGACCCAGCACUGGUCUCCAAAUUAAGUGAGAGGAAGAUCAUUGCACCGGGAAGUCCUAGCAGCUCCUUGUUAUCUGAACAGAAACUGCGCGGUGUUAUUGAGAAUGCGCGACAAAUACUGAAGAUCAUAGAGGAGUUUGGGUCAUUUGAUAAGUACUGUUGGAGCUUUGUGAACCACAGACCAAUUUUGAGUACAUUCAGGUAUCCCCGUCAGGUUCCUGUAAAGACAUCUAAAGCAGACGCCAUAAGCAAAGAUUUGGUCAGAAGGGGUUUCCGCAGUGUAGGCCCAACAGUCGUGUACACCUUCAUGCAAGUCACUGGCAUGACAAAUGACCACCUCGUCUCUUGCUACCGGUUUGCUGAAUGCGCCACAACUGCAGCUAGUGCUAAGCUUACCGGAUCAGGCACUGAAGCAAAUUCAGGUGGUGGCGACCAUGCCACAGAACAGAUGAAUGGGACCAACGGGCUUGCCACUGAUGCCGAGCUUUCCAGAACUAUAGAUGAACUCAGCAUCUCGUAGCGGCGGUUAGGAAGGAAGUUCGAGCAAUGUAUAAGUGUGUGUAUUUUGCGUAUCGUAGUUUAGUUUCUCUGCUUGUCAAGACGAUUGAACGACAGCAUGUAAUGAUGUAUAUUCUUUGUGAUACAGAUGCAUUUGUUUCCCAGAAUCUGUAGUGGAGCUGGCUUUUCAGGUUGGCCCGUUGAGCUCA